ACGACGGAGCGGUGGUAAUGGAGGUGGACCACGACAAGCGUCUGGUUUUCACGGAGACCCUGUCCCUCGCCCUGCACAACAGUGACCUUGUUCUCUCCGCGAUGCUCCCCAGCGAAGACCAGGUAGCAUCACGCCUCACCUCUCCAAUAAUCGCCACCCACCUCGAUACCAAAAACAUCGCUUUUGAGAGGAAUAAAUCUGGAAUUUGGGGAUGGCGUUCCGAACGUUCGGAGAUUGUCCAUGGGUAUCAGGCCAAGGUUUUUAGCGCAAACAAUGUUGACCUGGUGACCAAAACAAGAACAGAGCACCUGUCUGACCCGGACAAGGCAAAGAUCAAAGGGACACGGACCCCACUGCAGUCAUUUCUAGGCCUCGCUGAGCAGCAUGUCCCAUCCCCUCUCGAAGGGGGGUCCUCUGCUCCCAGCUGUGCCCAGCCCAGCCCCUCCGAGGUGACUGACGAGGAGUACUUUGACCCUGACGUGGACCUGCAGUCCCGGGACAUCGGGCGGCCAGUGGAGCUCAGUCUCAAGGUGCAGAGGUUUAAAGCCACCCUCUGGCUCUGCGAGGACUACCCCCUCUCCCUGAGCGAACAGCUCUCCCCCAUCGUUGACCUAAUGGCGAUCAGCAACACACACUUCGGGAAACUCCGCGAUUUCAUCUCCCUGCGCCUGCCCCCCGGUUUCCCCGUCAAAAUCGAGAUCCCUCUGUUCCACAUGCUGAACGCCCGCAUCACCUUCGGGAACCUCUGCGGCUCCGAGGAGGCAGUCCCCGCCGUCAGCUACCCCGAGCGGAAGGGGGCGCCAGAGCGGAGACUGGGCAUCGAGCCGGUGAGUGUGAGGUGGCUCCCUCCGUGUUCGAGGUGCCUGCCGGUUACUCGGUCCUGGGUUCGAUGGGCCGCCCGGACCCGCUCCCCGACGAAGAUGACCAGCUCCUGCAGUUUGCCAUCCAGCAGAGUCUGCUGGGAGCGGGCCCCGAGUCCGAUCAGGUGACCAUCUGGGAAGCCCUCGGUGCCACCCAGACCAGCGAGGACCCAGCAGAACCCUACGAUGAGGAGGCUGCCCUGGCACGGUGAGG